GGAGAAUUGCCCGAUGCUGGCAAAAGGUACAAUCUUAAAGAACUGGGUCCUUGGGGACAAGCUCGGAAGCGGCGCGUGCAGCGACGUCUACGUUGUCACGCCUAAGGAAAACAGUGCGGAAACGUAUGCGAUGAAAUUGUCACCAAUUCCACCGCCGAGCAAGAAAAAGACACACGCAGCUCGAAGUGCGGAUGCUUUGUACGCAGAGCACCUCUUGUACGUUAAUACGUUGCAAGGGCUUGAAGGUAUCCCCGCCUUGCCAGCUACGGGAGCGUAUGGCGAAGACAAGGGGUAUCGAUUCUUGGUACUCGAACGUCUCGGUCGCACGCUGGAACAAGUCAAAACCACGCACGGUGGGAAGCUUCCUGAGGGCACUGUGUCCCGGCUCGGACUGAACAUUUUAAGCAUCCUGCGACAAUUGCAUGCACGGAAGCUUCUAUUCGUCGAUGUCAAGCCCGAUAACUUUAUGUUAUCUCGGGGGCGCGAGGAUCAAGUCUAUUGCGUGGACUUUGGCAUUGCCGAGCGAUAUUUGUUGGUCACUGGCGCGCACAAACCUCACAAGAUGGGACCGGUCGUCGGGACCCCCACUUUCUCCAGCGUUCACUGCCAUCUUGGCAAUACUCCUGCACGGCGCGAUGACAUCGAAGCGAUGUUGUACGUGUGUCUAUACCUCAUCCGCGGGGACCUUCCGUGGCAGGCUGCGACAUCGGACGCUGCAGGAGCACAGCUGAAGUACAAGUGCGACCCCGACGAGCUCUGCGCCGGCCUGGCAGUGGGAUGGAAGACAAUGCUUCGUCGAAUUCAAGAGUGCGCGUUUGACCAAGAGCCCGACUACGCCUACUUCGAAACCACGUUGAAGCAGAUCGCGAGAUCGACGCCGCUGCAUGGCCCGUACCAAUGGGGAGAGGAAGUGGCUGUAAAGCCUACCAAACGGUCGGGAACAACCAGCACAAACGCUACUCGGAGAUCGAAGCCUUCCAAGAAGGCUGCAGAACAAGAAAGUCCGCUGCCGAACGGCGCUGUUCAUGAAACCGCAUCCGAGGUCUCUAAGACUGGCGGCACGAAGCGGAAGCAACCAAGCUCCAAUCGAGCUUCGCGGGCUCCUGCGAAGCGAACCCCAGCUUCUCAAGAGAUCGACGACGGAGGGGCCAUGCCUAGCCUUUCAAAGACAAAGGAAAAGAAGUCGUCCAUCAAGAAGGCCCCAGUUCGCGCAACAGUGACGCCCUCGGGUGCUGCCGCAACGCCCGCGCCAACAUCUGGUCGCCACACUCGCUCGACGGCGCGAACAAAGCUGCAAUAGGAAAUCGCAUCAUCUUAACAGUUUGAGUAAACUCUCGAAUCGAAAACGAACCUCCUCGUCGAGUUUUCAUGCAAAGCUACCUUGUUGUGGUACCUCGCUGCU